GGGAGCCCCGGGAGCGCGAGCCGCGGCCGGCUCCGCUGCAGAGCCCCGAGAAUCCCGAGCCCCGGCAGCAGGGCACUGUUUGUGUGUGUCCUGUAGACCCACGCUUGGAAAUGCUGACGGCAGACUGCAGUCCAGCUGAGCCCCGCUAGACACUCAGAAAACCCGUCUCUGCUUGCAUCCUUCAACAUGACCAAUCCACAGCCUGCCAUAGAAGGAGGGAUUUCUGAAGUUGAGAUCAUCUCCCAGCAAGUCGACGAGGAAACCAAGAGCAUUGCUCCCGUGCAGCUGGUGCACUUUGCCUACCGGGACUUGCCCCUGGCUGCCGCCGACCUCUCCACGGCGGGCUCGCAGCUCCUGUCAAACCUAGACGAAGAUUACCAAAGAGAAGGGUCUAACUGGCUGAAGCCGUGCUGCGGGAAGAGAGCAGCCGUGUGGCAGGUAUUUUUGCUCAGUGCAAGUCUCAACAGUUUCCUGGUAGCCUGUGUAAUAUUGGUGGUGAUUCUCCUGACUCUGGAACUUCUAAUAGAUAUAAAGCUCCUCCAGUGUGAGUAGCAAGAGAGAUACAUAUGCAAAUACGUAUGAUGUCAAUAUUCAAUGUGCAUCUGCAGCCAUCAGGGGUCCCCAACCAGCAGACUGUGAUCUGCCCCCAGCUGAUGCCGCUGCCACGCUCUGGCCCCAUGGCUCACAGGGACCCCCUCUGGGGAGGACGUGCUCCUGGCAUAUCCCGUCUCCAUCUGCCCAGCACGACUUUGCCCCUUUCCACC